AAUUCUGCAAGUGGUUCUAAUUUACUAUCGCUGUUCUCUAGCUGGUCUAAAACCGCUUUUGACCUAAAGGGACGCUUUUUGGACGCCAUGGACGUUUCUCAGUUUCCAGGCAGAAAGAACAGUAAAAAUGCAGGCAGGGCACAGGACAAAGCACUCGGGACAAAAUGUAUGUGAAAUGGUUUGAUACAGUAAUUGAAUUUAAUGAAUGUCACUUUUUGUCAUUUUCAAUUUUCCCGCCAGUUCUGUCCCCGUACGACUCAACGUCACAGGGAACGGAACCCAGAUGACAGAUGCCGGCACCCGCCGGAGGACAUUACAGGGGACACUGCAGGAGGGACAU